UUCCCCACCAUGCAUCUUUCUCUGCUCAUCACCUCCCAACCAAAACACUGAAAUUGACUGUUUCAAGAAAUAACCAACUGGUGCGUUACAACUCUACAUCUGAGCAGCGCCUGAGAGGAAGAGUGAAGUACGUGGAGUUAUUCCCUUCUCUGCAGUAGAAAAAAGGAAUCAUGGAAGGUGCACUGGCUGUUAAAACUGUGAUGAUGGUUGUGAUUGUAGCACACUGUGGAGCUGUGCCCACCACUUCACCCAGCCAAGAAGAGCUCUCUAAAGCCCAGGACUAUCUGUCUCAGUUUUUCUCUGAUGUGGGUGUCAGCGCUCCCAGCAGUAUCUGGCGCAGCUCUCUAGAUUCCUUUGAAGACACUCUCAGAAAAAUGCAGGAUUUUUUUGGCCUGGAGGUGACAGGGCAGUUGGACUCCAACACCCUGGAAGUGAUGGCUCGCCCCCGCUGUGGUUUCACAGAUGUGACCAGAUAUGGCCACUUUGACGGACGACCAAAGUGGGACAAGACUGUGAUCACAUACAGGAUAACUGACUACACACCAGACUUGAGUCAAAGUGAUGUGGAUGCCACCAUAGCCAAGGCUCUGAAACUCUACAGCGAUGUAAUUCCUCUGGAUUUCAAGCAGAUCGACAACGGCACCGCUGACAUUAUGAUCAUGUUCAAGGCUCGAGACCAUGGAGAUUUUGCUCCAUUCGAUGGGGAGAGUGGGGUCUUGGCCCAUGCAUUCUCCCCUGGAGAGGGCAAUGGAGGUGACACCCAUUUUGAUGAAGAUGAAAACUGGACUCUAACCUCAGCAGGAGCCAACCUGUUCUUGGUGGCAGCCCAUGAGUUUGGCCAUGCACUGGGAUUGGCCCAUUCUCAGGUUCAGACAGCCCUGAUGUAUCCCACCUACCAGUAUGUGACAACAGUGGGGUACAAGCUACCAAGUGAUGACAGACAGGGAGUACAGGCUAUCUAUGGAGUCAGAGCAACAUCAGCUCAACCAACUACUGAACCUGACCCAAAACCACAACCUAGACCCGAACCAGAUCCUGAACCCACAUCAGAACCCGCUCCAGACAGGUGCAGCAGGAACCUGAUUUUUGAUGCUGCAACCUCCAUUCAGAGCAGUCUUUACUUCUUCAAAGAUGGAUAUUUCUGGCAGAGGAGCAGCUCCUGGGAUGGCAUCAGCAUGAAGAAAAUUCAGUCUGUCUGGCCUGGAAUCAGUAAAGUUGAUGCGGCUUAUGAGUAUAAGAAAAGCAAUACCGUCAUUUUCUUUGAAGGGGAUCAUUACUGGGGGAUCAGAGGAAACACUGUCCUACCCGGUUAUCCCAAACCUCUCAGCGAAUUUGGCUUCCCUCCUUCUGUCACCAAGGUAGAUGCUGCUGUCCAUGUGUCAUUCACAGGCAGAACCCUCCUCUUUGUUGGGAACAAAUACUGGAGCUACAGUGACAGAAGCGGCACAAUGGAUGGUGGGUACCCAAAAUUCAUUCACAGAGAGCUCCAUGGGAUUGGCAGAGUGGAUGCUGCCUUUGAGAACAGAGGUUACCUCUACUUCUCACAUGGAUCCAGACAGACAGAGUACCACUACCAACGAAGAAGGGUGCUGCGCACUCUGUUGAACUAUGGAUGGAUGGAUUGCAACUAAAGAAACAAAGACCCAAAUACACAUAUACACACACACAGACACACACGUACACUCCUGUGAGCACACAAUAAUAGCUAUGGUCUACUCCACUAACUAAUCCUGAGUAGCUUAAGGGGGCUUUUCUGUAGAAAUCUGCAUGGAAAUACAUUAUUUGAAAAAGAAAUAGAUAAUGAAAAUGCAUAAUAAUCCUGUAGGCAACAACUACUUGUUAUGUAGUCAAUGUUUUUGUUGGACAUGCAUCAAUUAAACAUGAUUUAAUAAAAGUGAAAUAAUAAUCAA